AUGUCGACCCGAUUUGAUCGCUUUGAGAGGCUCUUCGCAUACAAGCGCAAGGGCUCACUACCCGCAGUCACAUGCGAGCCUCCAAGCCCAACUGUCGAAUCAUCAGAGCUUGGCCGACAAUUUCCCUCGCCAUCAUUCAUUCGACCUAAGAACGUCCGAAUGUGUGCACGAGACGAGGUGCGCCUCAGGGAAGCCACCGGCCGCUCACCAUCCGUCCCCGACAUCUUCACCUCACAAGGCUCUAUCCGUGGCCACUCACGCAACGACGGCUCCACAGGCAGCUCGUGCAUGCGAAAAGGAUCAGAUCGCUCGCCUUCUCUUAAUGGCAGAAGACAUGAUCGUCUAGUCACUGGUCUCCGCGAGUUCCAAUUUCCCAAGCCUGCUUUCCACAACGGCCAGGUUUCUCCCCAAUCAUCUACCUUUAGUGACAAGUCCAGUGAAGCUCCUCGUAUUCCGAGCCCGCGAUCACGCUCGCCUCUUCACAUGGAUAUUCCUCCAUACAGAACCGACACACCACCCUCUUCAGACCCCGAAGACAGCGUCAACCCCGCGGAAUCUUGGAGAACAAAGAAGCUCCCUGAGCUUCCUCAUCGCGCCCCGCCUACACCCGAGGAGUCACCCCAACUAGGACCGUUGUCUGAACCGCCAAGGCUGCCUCAGCUCCGCCACUCGCAAUCAACCGGUGCCUUGGAAAGGAUGUUGUUCAACGAAGCGGGCCUGGAUUUAGGCGACGCUCUGGAGGGUGUGCCCAUGCGCAGAUCCAACAGUGAGCAUAGCCUCGCCCCUUCAGAAGCUCCGUCGACCGCCAGCUCCGUCCUCCGCGAGCCAGAUGUGAACGAGUUUUUGAGUCUCAGUGACGACGACAUUGCUGAGGAUACCGAAGAAGAACUCGCUGAGGCCGAGUUUGAAUCCAAGCCUGCGGCUGUGUCGCAGCCGCUCGCCAGCACCCUGCUGACACUUACUCCACCACGCGCAAGUCAGCCUGCCACAGCUGCAGCAUACGUGGCGGCAAGAAUCGCCAAAAAGUACGACUUUGACCUGGUGUACAUCGUCAACCUUUGGCCUGGCCCGGUCACAGAGUCCAGUGGUGAACGCCCACUGAUCGGACGCCUGCUCGCCGCCCACGGUCUGCAUCACGUUCCGUCUCCUCUCCAGAUCUCCUCUUUGGUUCACACAACCAUCCUACGAUCUGACGGCUGGAUCGAGUACCGCAAUGCCGAUGCUCGGCCACAUGACCUCGCCCGUGGCUAUGCUAGUGCCUUUUAUACGGGCCAAUAUGCCAGGAGUCUGUCUGGAAACACAUCGACUCCUGUUUCUGGCGUCCGCUUGUCUGAGCAGAUUGACCGUGGCAUCGUCUUUGCCGCCUACCGCAAACCUCGCUCAGGUGAUGACCGCCUUGGUCACUCUUUUGAUGACAAGGAGCUUGGCGAGCUUCACGGCGAGGCAGAAAGCCUCGUGGAGAUGCUCAUCGACAUUCAUGUCACCAACCGCCUCCGCCAGCCACCUGCUAGCUCUCGCACAAGCGAGGAGACUGGGCCCAUGCCUCUGCAGCAACUCGUCGCUGCCUAA